AUGGAGCUGGAGAUCGUGAACGCGAGCUGCGCGCACUGCGCGUCCCCGAGACAGGAAUCAGCCGCCGUGGCUGCGACUCUGGCGGGGAUCCUCGUCUUCACCAUCGUGGUCGAUGUGCUGGGAAACGCGCUGGUUAUUCUGUCUGUCUACCGCAACAAGAAGCUCAGGAACGCAGGUAAUAUCUUUGUGGUGAGCCUUUCUGUGGCUGACCUGGUGGUGGCGCUGUACCCAUACCCGCUGGCCCUGCUCGCCAUCUUCCACGGAGGUUGGACGCUGGAUGCGGUGCAGUGCCAGCUGAGCGGCUUUGUCCUGGGCCUUGGUGUCAUCGGCUCUGUAUUCAACAUCACAGCUAUCGCCAUCAAUCGCUACUGCUACAUCUGCCACACGCUGCACUACGAACGCUUCUACACGUGUCGGAACACUUGUCUGUGUGUGAGUCUCACGUGGGUCCUGAGUGCCAUAGCAACAGUGCCCAACUUCCUGCUCGGCUCACUGACCUACGACCACCGGGUUUUCUCCUGCACGUUUACGCAGACCGUCAGCUCUUCGUACACAGCGUCCGUGGUGCUCGUCCACUUCAUGAUCCCACUAGCCAUCGUGUCCUACUGUUACCUGCAAAUCUGGAUGCUGGUGAUCAGGGUCAAAGGUCGCGUGCGGCCCAGACCCUGGGCACGGGCUGCUGACCUGCGCCACUUUCUGACCAUGUUCGUGGUGUUCGUGCUUUUUGCUGUGUGCUGGGCACCGCUGAACUUCAUCGGCCUGGCUGUGGCGCUGGAUCCGGUCAACGUUGCACCGAAAGUGCCUGAGUGGCUCUAUGUGGCCAGCUACUUCCUGGCGUACUUCAACAGCUGCUUGAACGCUGCCGUCUACGGUCUUCUCAACCAGAACUUCCGCCGCGAGUACAAGCAGAUCCUCGUCUCACUUUGCGCGCCAAGAGCUCUGUUUCCUAAUCAUUCCCGAUGCAACACGGAGGCCAUCAGGAGCAAGAAAUCCCCUGCCGUGACCAACAACCUGCUGGUGGAGGCUCAUUUGGGAGAAGGUGGCGCAUAACCCCCUCACCAGGAGUAAGGAGUAGCUUAAAUAUUAAAAAUAGAAAAGAAACUUUGAUGCACAACUAAAGUCUGCCACUGUAGACUUUUUAAACAAUCUGGUUGAUGGUUGUUUUUUGGGUUGGUGCUGAGUGUGGAUACGGGCUUUCAAAGUGGUAUCAAAAUCUUUCAAGACUCGCUCUGUUUGCAAAUAAAUACUUUAUUUAUCUACGUUUCCACACCAUCACCUUCAAAAAAAAGUCCCCUUGCACGGAAAUACAGUGCUCACAGUGUUCCUGCAUCUUCUGGAAUGUGUCCUGGAAGUCUUCUUUUCAAAGCCUAUCAAGCACCUUCUGCUAUUUGCACUGGAUUUCCGCAACGAUGUCAAAAUGGCGACCUUGAAGCUGAAUCUUCAUCUUCGGAAAGAGGGAGGAGCCCACAGGAGCCCAUCAUGUGGAUUGUUUUCCGACUAUCAUCAUGAACGAGUUGCCGCAUGGUUUCGACAUUUUCAGAGGUUCCUGAUCUCUUGUCGUCUUCCAGUAAUGUUCUUAGACUCUUAAAGCACGUGUGCUGCUCAAAACUCGCAGCAGCAUCACCGUAUGUUAAAGGUCUCAGUGGGAAAUUUGCCCAGUUUCCUGUCAGACUACAUAUCAUAAAUAGGACAGUAUGCAUGAUGGGGGAUAUUUAGCAUAAAACUGGUGAGAUGUUGAGGAUGGACGCUGAUAAUUUAGUCACAGACGCACAAAAGAUCCUCGAGUCACAUGGUCUAAUGUUUAAAACACGCACAAAUAAAAUGUUAGCAUACAAAACAACCCGCCAAGCUAAUUCUCAGAGCUUAUAGCCUUAUAGUCGUUAUAUGGUCUUAGAGCAGCAGAGAGUUUACACUAAACGUGUUUCCGAGAUCCCAUGCUAAUCCAGAUGCAGUUACACCACAAGAUUUGAGAAUUUUUCCACCUCAGCUUUUUUUUCUCUUCAUUUUUGUUCCAAAAUAUGACGUUUUCUAUCAUCGUUUCAUGUUUCUCUUGAAUACUCAACCGCACUACGAUGGCUAACGUGUGAGCUCUCUGUUGUGGUGUUUCCUCACUAUCUGAUGCUAAUACUGCUAAUGCUAACAUAAACAGAUAGGUCAUGGGACCUACGUGCGCCUCCUCAAGCCACAUUGGAGAGAAAUGGAGAGUAGGUCUGAAGGAAACUUGGCUUAUCGGAUAAUAAGAAAAUGUGUUGUUAAAAUGUUAAACAAAUAAUAAAAGUCCCUGAGGCAUCUGAAUCUCAGGAAACUUGUUCUGAAAACCAGCUGACUUUCGCUCUCGUGAGCAAAAGGAUUAUAAAAUGAGCAUUUAUUUAUAUCUCCAGCUUCCUGCACUCGUUCUGUACAAACUAAUGUUUCAAUAAUGUUUUUGUAUUUACAUGAUUAUGUUAAUUUUAUUAAUAACCUGUAUAAAA